UGUUCGUGUUUGUGUGCGUGUCUGUGGGGCUGUGAUACCGUUCUGGAUUUUGCCAAAGUGUUGCAUCAUGGCUCGAAAGCGGCAACCGGCAACGACAGCAGAUGAACCGUUUGCCGACGCCACACUGAUCAAGCAGAGCAUCCAACGCGACGACAGCAACAAUCAUCAUCACAGCAAUCAGCAUUAUCACCACGCCAAGCAACAUCCGCAACAUCCGCAACAUCAGCAACAUCAGCAGGAAGAGCAGGAUGAAGUUGACGACAAGAAUGACGACGACGACUUGGUCGGUUUCUUUGGUCCUGACGUAACAGCAGCGCCAGCAUCAUCGCGCAAGCCUAGCCAGCAACUUCAACAUCAGCAUCAACAUCAACAUCAACACCGUGCUCCACGACCACGCAAGCACAGCCACGAGCUCGAAGGAGCGUCUGCGCAAUCCGACCUGCCGCGGAUGGAAUCUCCGCCGACGACAACGACUGGCGGCGGCGGCUCGGAUGAGGAUGCUGCUGCUGGUGCUGGUGGUGGUGCAGCCAAUACUCCUGGGGGCAAGCAAUCGCCGUCGUCGUCUCCGUACUCUGGGCUCCAGCGAAAGCGCCGUGCACGCAGCAGCAACAGUGCGAGCGCGGCCGAGAGUCCAGUCUGUGGAUUGCGCACGUCAUCGUCUCCGCCCAACAUCACCACCACUACGACCACUACCACCACCACCAGUAGCCCCAUCGCCAUCGUGCCCACCCCUGCGAAACCAAGCAAUGGCAGCUUCAGCGCACAAGCCACCAGUGCAAAUGGGAAUGGGAAUGGCAGCUACGGCAAUCUCGGCCAUUCGCCGUCAUUGAACGGUGGUUCUGCUGCUGCUGCUGCUGCCGCCGCUGCUGCUGCUGCCGCUGCUGCUGCCGCUGCCGCCAAUUCAUUCGCCCUGGCAGGUGGAUCGGUCUUUGUCAUGGACGAGGAUGGCUCGCUGCGACUCCCGCCCGAAGUCGAGGAAGGCAAUCACGAAUACAAGCUGAAAUUGGGAACUCCGACAGACUUGCGAUUGGAACACCUCAUCACGCAGCUCAAGUGGCGGCUCGCGGAAGGCAAAGGCGAAGCCAUCUACGAAAUCGGCGUUGACGAUGACGGCGAAAUCGUUGGGCUCUGCGCUGAAGAACUGCGCGAGUCGAUCAGCACGCUCCAAGUGAUGGCGAAGCGCGUCAAUGCAGAAGUGGUCGUGCUCAUUCCUCGCGCCGUCUCUGAACUGGUGCGAAUGGGCGAGGAGCAACGUGCAUUGCAAGAACGUGCAGCUCUGGUGGCCGUGUCGUCGAGCCCCGUCGAGGACACCUCAGCCGCGAGCUGCGCUCUUGACGCAACAGAGGAAACGCUACUGCAAUUUGAAGAGCCUCGCCAGCGCUCUUCUUCAACAACCACCACCGUGUUCAGUGUGGCGCCAACGAGCUUCCCGAUCGCCUUCUCGACCACCUCCGCCUCUCCUGUGCAUCCGAUGAACAGCGGCUGGCGCUCACGGACAUCGUCGCAGACGGAAGUGUUGAAUGCAGAGUCGUUUCAUGGCUCGCCGAGCUUCUCUGCCGCGCACCAAGUUCUACCCCCGACACUCCAGCUGUCGUCGUCGCUCAUGGACCUGUACGCAACUUCGCCGCCAUUUUCGCGCUCUUCGUCGUCAGGCUCGCUUGCAAUGACGGCGGCUGCGACGGGCAACACCACUGGUCCUUCUGCUGCUACUGCUUCUGCUGCUGCUGCUGCUGCGGUGCUUGUGGCGUCGCCUGCCUUCGCCGCACCGCCGACUUUGGCGGCUCCAUCUGGCGAGCGAUACUUUGCCCAGGCUUUGGUGCGAAAGCUGCCCGAAAGCGUGUUUGAGGGCGUUCACACUACCGACACGGCGCGUAUUGCCGUCCUUGGCGGGGUUGAUGCUGGCAAGAGCACCUUGCUCGGGGUGCUGACGCACGGAGCGCUGGACAACGGACGAGGUCGUGCCCGUCUCAACCUCUUCCGUCACAAACACGAGAUUGAGACUGGGCGCACGUCGAGCGUUGCGUACGAGCUGAUGGGAUUUAACGAGAACGGUGAGGCUAUCGAUUCCCGGCAUUGCGUCGGGGUAGCCGGCAGUACCCAUGAAAUUACACUCGCAGGAAACACGCAGCCUGCGACUUGGGCAGACAUCUGUGCAUCGUCUUCCAAGCUCAUCAUGUUUAUGGACUUGGCUGGCCACGAAAAGUACCUGAAAACGACAGUGUCCAGUCUGACAGGCCAACGCGCCGACUACGCGGCCUUGAUUGUCGGUGCCAAUGCCGGGGUGGGACGCAUGACUCGUGAGCAUCUGGGUUUGCUCCUGACGCUCCGUGUGCCAUUCAUUGUCGUGGUCAGCAAGGUUGAUACGGCCCUGCCGCGCCAUCUCAAUCAGACCAUGUCGCAUCUCCACCAGCUCCUGUCGUCCCCAACAUGCGGUCGCUCUCCGGUCUUGGUAGAAUCUGCCGGCACCGAGCUGAUGGAGCUGGCCACCACAUUCGAAUCUCAGCAGAUUGUUCCCAUUUUCAAAGUUUCGAGCGUUUCCGGCGAAGGUCUGGGUCUUUUGCGAAAGUUCCUGAGUGCCCUUCCAGUCCCAGCGCCCUUGGACGAUGCAGAGUUCCAGCGCCCGGCCGAGUUUCAGGUUGAGGAAACAUUUGACAUUCCCGAUGUGGGCGUGGUGCUGAGUGGUCCCGUGCUUCGCGGCACCAUUCAUGUUGGAGACGAGCUCCUCGCUGGCCCGAACGAAGCCGGGGAGUUCCAGCCUGUACAUGUGACGUCCAUUCAUCGCAACCGGGUGCCUUGCCGUUACGCCAAGGCGGGGCAUAUUGCGUCGUUGGGAUUGAGCGCCGGUUGUGGGACGCGGUCUGACUUUCGCAAGGGCAUGGCGUUGGUCGAUCCAUCCGUCCACCCUACAGCGUGUCUGGAAUUCGAGGCAGAGAUUACGCUCGUAUUGCCUGACACGGUGAUUCAGCCGCGCUUUUGCUCCACCGUCCAUGUUUCCGGCGUUCGUCAGGCGGGCAUGGUUGUUGCAUUGAACAACGCGGAUCGCCUUGUGCCUGGAGAUCGUGCUUCUGUUUGCAUCCGAUUCAAUCGUCUUCCCGAGUAUGUUCCAUUGGGUGCCCUCGUGUUACUCUGCGAUUCGCGAGCUCGGGCGAUGGGGAAAGUCACCAGAAUCCUGCCCUUCCGCCCUGCAUCCGUGGCUGCUCCUCCGAAUGCCACAACCGCGCGUCCAAUUCCUCUUGUUUGAUUGUUCAUCGAAAACUGUGCUGGGUUGCGGGGUGACUAUUUGCACUGGUCAACGAGGUGUGAAUUGUCGCUGUUAUCGUCGAAUGAAUGACCCACACUACAUCUCAAAGCUGCAGGCAUGAAUUCAUGCUGUUCGAACAACACUAGAAUGCACCGUUGAACACACAUUGUAAAAUACACUUGACACAAGAACA